AUGGGAAAAAUUUUUUUAAACCAUUUGGGUGGAGCAAGGGUGUUUUCUUGUGCAAGCUGUGAAACGCCUUUGACUAACAAAACUGAAUUGAUUUCGACCAGGUUUACUGGGGCUACAGGUCGAGCAUUUUUGUUCAAUCGUGUUGUUAAUCUCAAUUACAGUGAUGUACAAGAUCGAGUAAUGCUGACAGGUAGACACAUGGUUCGUGAUGUCUCAUGUAAAAAUUGUGAUGUCAAGUUAGGUUGGAUUUAUGAAUUUGCAACAGAAGAUGCCCAAAAAUACAAAGAAGGUAGAGUUAUUUUGGAACGGGCCCUUGUAACAGAAACUGACAGUUUCGAAGAUAAAAUUUUGACCCCAAGUUUCUCAAAUUUGUCCUCUUCAGUUGCUGCCAGUGCAGAGAUUGUCAAUUUAAGUUAAAAUUAAAUAAUAUCUGAAAAUUGAUAUUUUGCGAUCAUUUAUUAGACAAAUUUCAGAAUUUUUCUUAUGUUUAAUAGUUUUUUUCAAUUGGUUUAUCAAAAACAGUUUUUAUAUUAACAUGUUUACAGUUGUGCCACUGCUUAUUUCAUGCGCAUUUCAUAGUUUCUUUCAAAUAAUUUCUUACACGUUUUUACAUGAGAUUGGUUUAGAAGUUUACAUUUUAAUCAUGUACUAGCUGAGCUCACAAAUUUUUUCUUUGCUAAGAAACAGUAUCUUUUAAAAGAUUAAACUUCAGGUCAACCCAUUUUGAACUUGCUUUUAGGUCGAUUAAAACAGUUCAGCAUGUACACACUUCCAUAAUAAAAUAUGACCAUUUUGCAUAAAUAAUAUUCUUUCAAUUUUAGCAUCUUUGGUACAGUUGUUCUAAAGUGAAAAAUGGAAAACAAUAGCUCAUGUUGGACAUUUUUUUUGUUUCUUCAUUUAAAUUGCCCAAAGUAAAUCAUAUUCACACAGUUCGGCUUCAUGUUAUUUUAAAAUUAUUUUGCAAAAAAGAUAGGUUAUUUUGGCACAAGGGUGGAAAAGAUACAGUAAUUCUACUGAAAAAUUCUGGAACAUUAAGCGGGACAAUUUAGCAAUCAUAUCUCUUGGGUUAUUUUAAUGUUGGUGUUGCAAUUUUCUUAAUUU